AUGGUUGACCUAUUAUGUUUCUUUUGUCGCAAAGUUUCAUCACCAAAUGAGAAUGCAAUAAACAAGGCAGCAAUAGAAAUAUCAGAAAAACCGUCAAAGAACGUAAAUAUUGUAAAUAGUGCAGGAAGUGUAAAGACCAUACCUACCAGAACACAACUCCCUGUUCCACCAAAGGUUCUUCAAUUAGUCUUUUCAUAUUUGAACAAAGAGGAAUCUAAAGGAUUAUUCUCUUGUCUUUUUGUAAAUAAAAAUUGGCACGCAAAUGCUCUUAAAAUAUUAUGGAAUCGUCCGUUCACAUCAAAUCUCUUAACCCCCGUCAAUUCCGUUAAACUUAUCGAAACCUUCAUACUAUGUCUCGAUUCAAUCACUCAAAAAUCACUAAAGAAAUCAUUGAAACGACAAAAAAUCAAAUUCAUUAUAUCAAACAAACCUCCUUUAUGUAAUUACGCAACUUUACUAGGGGAAUUAAGUUAUGGAGAUUUAGAAAAAUCAAUUCAUCAUUAUUUAUGUCAUCUACAUAUGAAUAGUAAAAUCAGAACUUCCAUCAUGAGGAAAUCAUCUAAGGGACCACCUUCUCUUCAAUCAAUUUAUCCCCAAAUUGAAUUGAUAUCCAAGAAUUUAUUUUUACUCUUCAUCCAAAAAAGCACGGUACUUGAAUCUUUAAGCAUUGAUAAAUAUUGUGACUAUUCGGAUCUACCCGCACCGGACGAAAUAUUUCAACGACCACUACAACAAAAUUAUCUUUCUCAGAUCACUAAACUUCAAUUGAAUUAUUAUGAGACGAGUAACAUAUUUGAUUUUUUGAAAGAAUUACCGGAAACAUGUAAAGAUCUAUUGGAAUUCGAUGUACGAAUUUGCGAAUUUGAGAAUGAAGCAUUGGUUAACAAAUCAAUAGCCAAUGUGAUAACUUCCCAACGAGCUUUGCGAAAGUUUAGCAUGGAGGGGGCUAAAAAUUGUGGAGGUACGAUUUUAACUUCAUUAGGUGAUACUCAAUCGGAUACCUUAACGUCAGUACGAUUUAAGUUGAUGAACUUUAAAUCGUCUGACAUGAAAUCAUUGGCCAAAUGUGGUCGAUUAAAGGAACUUUCGUUGGAAAAUUGUCAAGGGCUUACCAAGGAUAUUAUUAAAAUUUUAUUGAAUGCAAAAUUACAAAAUUUAAGAAAAUUGGUUAUUUGGAAUUCUCGUAAGGAUCCACAUGUAACCUCUUUAAUGAUUAAAUCGGCCGUCGCCGCAAAGAAAUUAUCAAAAGUGAUAACAGAAAAUGAUGACGAAUUAAGAGAACUAGCGUUAGAUACUGUGGUUCCUGAGACGGUUGAUACGAUAUUAAAUUGUUGUUCAAAUCUUACAACUUUAAAAAUACUUGAUUAUCAACCAAAAUGCAAACAGAAUAUGUAUAGAUUAUUAAAAGGUUUACCUUCUCUUGAAAACCUGACGAUUAAUAGAGAAACAAAAAUAGAAUUGGGUGUCAUCAACUUUUCAGGGAGAUACAUACCAGAUAACGUUAAAUACCUAAGAUUAGAAUGUGGGAUUACGCCAGAUCAAUUAAAUGACUUAUUAAACGAGUUGGGAGAUAAGAGCAAAUUAAGAACUUUGAUUUUAGAUUAUUUUAAACUAGAAGUCGCUCAUUUGAAAGCCAUUAUUGAAUGGAAUAAGAGGAGGAGAACUUUAAAAACAUUAGGGAUCGGAGGUAAAUCCGAAUUUAGUGAGCGUGAAUCAAAAGAAUUGAGCAUUUUACAGGAUCAAUAUAACAUACUUGAAUUAUUGAAGAACAAAGACUUAAACACCAAAGAAGCAACUUCAAAAUCACUUAUUAAUCAUCGUCAGGAAAUUUUUGAUGAUUUAGGAAAUUAUGGACAUAGGUAUGCAGAUGAGGAACCCUCGGAGAAACCAAGGUUAAGGGAAUUUUCUAUGGAAUUUAGUUCAACCACGGAAUUGUCAUCUUUACCAACAAAAUGUCUUGAACAAAUCUUCAAGAAUGUGGAGGAUGAUGAUGGAUCUUUAGGACUUUUUUCUUGCCUUUUGGUUUGUCGCGCAUGGUGUAGAGAUGUUGUUCCCUUAUUAUGGUCAAGACCUUUUAGUAAAUUACCAAAAGAUUCUAGGUAUAAACUUAUUAGAACUUAUAUCACAUGUCUUUCAAGAGAAGAAAAAUCUUAUUUAAAUUCACAACUAUUAAAUAAUAAAAUUAGAAUUCCCGAUUCAUCUCGUAGUUUAAUUAAUUACUCCAUAUAUUUAAAAGAGUUAUCAUACAUAGACUUAUAUCAUUCGGUUGAUUCCGGAAUAAAAUAUUAUCGUAAAUCAUUCAUUGGACGUAACACUUUUAGACAAACUUCCUUGAUAUCAAGAUCAAUAUGUAAAAUGUUUUUAACAAAAAACAUAACCGAUCCUUCAUUUCAUCUACAAUCAUUUAGGAUUGAUAAACAUUUUGUGCAAAUGGACAUUUUCCCCGAGAUAGAUUUAUUUUCAAAGGUUUACCCCGGUUUAUCGCAAAUCACUAAACUUACAUUAAAUUAUGAUCCAAAUUCCGAAAAUCUUUAUAAAUUUUUACAAUCCUUUCCUUCUAUAUGUAGGGGAUUAAAUUAUUUGAACAUUACCUUACCUUAUUUUGAAACUAAUCCAAAAUUAAUAGAUUUAUUGAUCUCCAUCAUUAAAGCUCAAAGAUCAAUCCAUUCAUUUCAUUUAUCUGGUGCGAGAAUCGGUGCAAAUCUCAUCUUGCCAGUACUUUUAUCCGAACAUUCUAAUUAUUUGAUUUCAAUGAAAUUUCAGAACGUUAAUUUUAAUAAUGUCAAUUUACAUGCGAUAACUUCCUGUUUAAGGUUAGAAGAACUUACCAUAUCCCAUUGUACAGGUUUAGACAGGUCAAGUUUACCCUUGGCAAGUCGUUUAGGUUCUUCAUCAUUCUUUGAUAACAAUGGAUUGAUAUUGAAAUCAUUAAGCAUAGGAUGUUCUCCGAUAUAUUCCCAGAUAUCCACGAUUAUCCUCAAUUCUCCAAUUGGUACAACGUGUCGAGAAUUAUGUUUGGAUUUGAUCACACCAAAAAUCAUUAAAACCAUUAAACGUUAUUGUCAAAAUGUCACCACGUUGAAACUCCGAGAUUAUUUCAUCAACAACAAUGACUUUGGAGGGUCAUCGGCGGAAUCUAGCACUGCGCCUCCUUUCUCAUCAGGAGCGAUGAUGUUACGUGAGUUAUUUAAUGGAAUAUAUCUUGAAAGAUUAAUAAUUAGUAUCAGUCCAAAAAAUAGUGAUUACGAGGAGUUAAAUAUUCACGGUAGAGAUUUACCAGCAAGCUGCUGGUAUUUGAAAUUACAAUGUGGAUUCUCUGUUGAACGUUUGGAUGAUUUAUUAUUGAGCGAUGAAUGUAUGGCACCGAUCAGCGUGUUGAUCUUAGAUUAUUCGAAAUUACAUCUUGAACAUUUUAAAGCCAUACGUGAAUUGGUAAAAAAGAAGAGAACUUUAACAUACUUUGGUAUUUGUGGAAGGAAAGGAUUUGAUGAUGAUGAAUUGAAGGUGAUCAAAGAUUUACAACACGAGUAUAACGUUGUCGUUAAUCUCAAUGAAUCCGAUAAGUUAUAA